UACUCUUCAUACAUCUGAAGUUGAACCUUUCAGACAAUAUGAAUCCUUGAAAUGAGUGAGGCAUAAUACUGUAAUUAACAUAUUUCUUAUUAUAACUAAUACAUCCAUGCCUUAAUAAUCAUCCGGAGAUCGGGAAGAUAUAAUUGUAAUCUCAUGGACUCAUUGACCGAACAGUAAAUUAGUGGGACUUGAUGUCGAUCCAGCCCCAACCCCCGGAUCAGUCUAUAACUUCCAACAACCCGCAACAAUCAACUUUCAAGCACCAGCAACAACAUCAUCCGAUCCCGUCCCGAUAACCUCACUUUUAUCCUCUCCCGCUUUACCAAACCUCUGCUAGUUACUCUAUUGGACCUGAUUCCCUCAUCUCCUCGCCGCAGCCCCUCAAACAAGCUCCAAAAGCAGCUUGCCACGCGCCUGCUGUCUGCCUACCAUCCCCCCCUCCCCGAGCCCCCAAUCUAUCUAUCUCCCUACGAAGCAUGAAGCCCGUCGUAUCGGCGUUAAACGCCUGGAGCUGCUUUAUCAUUUCCAUCUUCGCUGUCAUCAUCCUAUCAGUCCUCGGGUCUCUCUUCAAAAGCAAUCACCAUUCCAUAACUGGUUCCACGAAAGACCCCGAGGACGGGACAGCUGUUGCAGCGUCGAUAUUCACAGCUGUUGUUGUGUACGCAUUCUUCAUCGUAUUUUGCGGCAUACAAGCGUUCCUACACGUCCGAUCGAGUCGAAGAGGGGCAAUUUCGUUGAACUAGGUAAAUGCGCCUUUCGUUAUUUACAUUAAUUUACACCUAAUAAACAGCAUCUACUCUCUAUAAAGUAACGGCGUCGAAGAUCGAGAUAGAUUUUGCUGGGGGUGGCUUUUUCCUUUUCCUUGUUGCCUUCGAUUAUUUGGACAUAAUAUAUUGCCUGAUUGGCCGGGAUGGGCGAUGGGUAUAGAUAGGGCUUCGGGGGAUUUAUUGGUGAUAACUGUGCCAUCGGAGUACGCACGGUUGUCGAAUAUCCCCUACUGAAAUCUAAGCCUAUCGGUUCUACUUUCUGAGCAGCUGUCACCCUCGCCGUGCCAUGCUACUCAUCUGUUAACGCACCAAAAACGGGAAUAUAGGAGAACUACUGAAUGACAUAUCGUGACAUCUAGAAUGACUACGCUCUGAACGCGGAAAGAAUCCCGGAAGCAGGGUAGUGUCUACGGUCUAUGGCCUCUGGCUACCGGGCACCCACGUUAUAUGUCCGAUCAACUAACCCUAUCACCGUAUCUCCGCUUCUAUCCAUGUGGGCCUUGUUUUCUUAUUUUCCAUUGUGAACUUCGUUUUGUGUAUGAUGUAAAUCUUUACUGUUGCUUGAUUUUUGGUGUAUUAAUCAUCAUGGAGUAAAUGUGUACUUGCAAAUAGAACUUCAAAGUCGGUUUUGUGGCUAUUUAAUUGCUCCCUUCGCGACUCCUCACCACUCUGGUCUCACUGUCCGAUUUCAGAAUAGAAAUACUCUUCAUUUGGGAAUUUGCAUCUGUAUCUAUCAGUGGCACUCAGACUUUUCUCAUAUCACAUAUACUGUUGUUUAUUUAUUGCGGAUUGUCCUCAGGUUUGCUUGGCCAGCUGCUGAAAGGGGAUAAACGUGUCCUUUGAUAUGUUGGCCCAUUCAUCGUCCACUGCCCUAGCAUGUAUACCUUAUGAGAAUAAUGAGAUGCAAUAGAAUGAAUCCAAGUUUAUAGGAAGAAGGCGUAAGCUGCAUCACUGUCCCUUUUAAUUUCCUUAAACGCCAAUUCGAUAACCAGUCCCAACCGUUGCUAAGGGAGCCUUCAGACUAGGGAAAACGCCGUCAUGAAAUGUCCUGAAAUGUUAAGGUGCAAAGAAACUCGAAUACAUACGAGGAGGG